GGUUGAAGCAAAUUAAGCCUUUUUCAUUUCUACACUUCAAUUUCGGCGAUCAUGGCCUUCAUGCUUCCAAAGCUCAUCGCCAUUAAAACAGCUAGUUAUCCUGAUAAAGGGCAUUUAUACUUCAACGACAGUGGAAGUGGAAGUUCAGUAACUAUUGGGGAGCAGAGUGUGUUCAGCACACUCGUGAAGAUUGAAGUCGAACAAGCAACAAGCAACAAGCAACCCCAACUAUGUUCACCUCCGAUUCAGUAAUUUCAACAGGUAUUGGUCGCAGAGAGCGAACGGAAACGGCAUCGUUGCUGAAUUAAAGAAGCCCGUGGAAGACACAACGGAUCCUUCAUGCACGUUGUUCGAGGUGGUUCAGGCUCCUGGUGAGACGGCAGGUAACUUUUACUUGAAUCACGUUCAGACCGGUGGGCGCGUGUUGGUAGAUACGGAGUACUGGGGCGUUUUCGUGCAGGUAAACGCCCUAGAUUCGUACGAUUUCCUAACUUUUGUGGAUUGGAGUACAUUGGUGAAACUACCUGCCCACGUGGCUUUCAAAGGGGAUAAUGGCAGGUUCCUUGAAGGAAGGUCCUGGGAUGAUUACAACUACCUGCAGUUCUCAUCCGAUGAUCCUAAUGAGGAGGCGUCCGGCCAUCGCGUGUCGUUCAUGCCCGACGGACAUGUCCGGAUAACGUCAGGUCACUGGGACAACCAGUUCUGGAGGCGCAGUCCAAACUGGAUAUGGGCCGAUUCCGAUCAGUCUUCCAUCGACGACAGCGACACUCACUUCUGGCCCGUCAAAGUAGACGACAACACCAUUGCACUCCGCAACGCUGGAAACAACAAUUACUGCGUGCGUCUCUCCACCGAAGGGAAGACCGACAUGUUAAACGCGGACGUCCAAAACAUCACCAAUGAAGCAAGACUGGUGGUGCAAGAGCUCGUGUCCCAGAGAAACAUCUACAACGUCGUAUAUCGGAUGCAGGACGCCAGGAUAUACGACGAGGUGCCUUACGUUGCAAGCUCAUCCGUGCUUACUAACUCCAGCGACCAGGAGGCUGCUAUGGCUGUUCAGAUUACUUAUCAAGACGAGAAGUCUUAUACUUUCAGCCGUAACUUGUCUUUAACUGCGGGGGUGGAAACCACCUUCAGUACCGGCAUGCCCUUCAUCGUGGAAGGAGAGAUCACAGUCUCUUUUGAGAUAAACACCACUCUCCAGUGGGAAACCGCUACAAAGACUACGACAUCAGUUGUGGCUUCGGGUUCGAUUCCUGUGCCUGCGAAGAGUACUGCGGUAAUUGAAUAUGUCGGGACGAAGGGCACCUGCGAUGUUCCUUAUUCUUACACGCAGCAAGACAAGAGCUCCGCUGAUGGCAGUGUUUCUUACACUGAGCAGGCUGAUGGUAUUUACAAAGGCAUCAGUUUUUACAACUUCCACUUUGUUGUCAAAUCCGCUAAGGCCUUGUUCUGAAUAUCCCAUGCCGUUUUUCCCAAUCAUCAAUAACCGUCAUGCAGUUGAUUUCUGAUAUGCAAGCUAGCUUCAUAGAUAAACUUCUGACAUGUAACGGACACUACGAAUACCAACUGUAGUUCAUCAAUAAGAUUGGUGUUUCUUUAUUAUCAA